UCGACACCGUCAGGGUGGCGCUAGUGUUGCAGUUCGAUUUGAUCGUUUUGAUCGUUUUAUGUUGGCUGUCAUUGUCAACAUUUCGCGCGCAUUUCUAUGUUGAUGAUUGUUGCCCACGCCAGUUGGUACGUUUUGCUUCGCUGUGCUCCGUGAAUUAAGUGGGUGAAAAACUAACGCGCAACCGUUUUGCCUUCGAUUGUUGUUUGUUUCCAAUACGCAAACGUAAUACGCAAAAAUGGCAGAGGACGAUCAACGACUUGCCUCUAUUCAAAACGAAUAUCUCAACUUCCUUGAUGAUGAGGAAGACCAGGGUACAUACACGGCCCACGUACGAAAAAUGAUCAACGAUAAGAGUAAACGGUUGGUUGUAAAUAUUAACGACAUCCGGCGGAAGAAUCCCGGCCGUGCGUUGGCUCUGCUGAACAGCGCAUUUGAUGAGCAGCUGGCGUUUUCGCGAGCGUUGAAGGAUUAUGUUUCAACCCUCGAUAUGAGCUACGCAAAGACGCAGGAAGACUUUCACGUAGCGUUCGAGGGAAGCUUUGGCAACAAGCAUGUAACUCCACGCUCGUUGACUUCGCGCUUUCUGGGUAAUCUCGUGUGCGUCGAGGGUAUCGUGACGAAGGUAUCGCUUAUCCGACCCAAAGUGGUCAAGAGUGUGCACUAUUGUCCGGCGACGAAGAAGGUGAUGGAACGCCGGUACACGGACCUCACUUCGUUUGAAGCCGUGCCGUCCAGUGCCGUCUACCCGACCAAGGAUGACGAUGGCAACCUGCUGGAGACGGAGUUUGGCCUGUCGGUGUACAAAGACCAUCAAACGCUUAGCAUUCAGGAAAUGCCAGAGAAAGCCCCCGCGGGUCAGCUGCCCCGUUCGGUGGACGUUGUGUGCGACGAUGAUCUAGUUGAUCGUUGCAAACCGGGCGAUCGUGUACAGAUCGUGGGUAACUACCGUUGUCUGCCCGGAAAGCAGGGCGGAUACACAACGGGCACGUUCCGCACGAUCCUGAUCGCGAAUAACAUUUCGCAGCUAAAUAAGGAAAGCACACUGAGCGUCACUCGUGAGGAGAUCAAUAUGUGCAAGAAGCUGGCCAAGAACAAUGACAUUUUCGAUCUGCUCGCGAAAAGCUUAGCCCCGUCGAUACACGGACACGAGUACGUGAAGAAGGCAAUCCUGUGCCUGCUCUUGGGAGGAAUCGAGAAGAAUCUGGCCAACGGAACGCGUCUGCGUGGUGACGUGAAUGUGCUGCUGAUCGGAGAUCCGAGUGUCGCAAAGUCGCAGCUUCUGCGCUACGUACUGAAUACAGCACCGCGUGCAAUCACAACGACCGGUCGCGGAUCGAGCGGUGUCGGUUUGACUGCAGCCGUUACCACCGAUCAGGAGACGGGCGAGCGUCGUCUCGAGGCCGGUGCCAUGGUUUUAGCCGAUCGUGGCGUGGUGUGUAUCGACGAGUUCGACAAGAUGAGUGACAUCGACCGAACCGCUAUCCACGAGGUGAUGGAGCAAGGCCGUGUAACCAUUUCGAAGGCCGGUAUACAUGCGUCGCUGAACGCUCGUUGCUCCGUGCUUGCUGCAGCGAAUCCCGUAUACGGACGAUACGACCAAUACAAAACACCGAUGGAAAACAUUGGGCUGCAGGAUUCGCUGCUUUCUCGGUUCGAUCUGCUGUUCGUAAUGUUGGAUGUAAUCGACAGCGAUCACGAUCGUAUGAUUUCCGACCAUGUGGUCCGCAUGCAUCGCUAUCGCAACCCGAAGGAGCAGGAUGGCGAUGUGCUUCCCAUGGGCGUCAGCGCCGUGGAUAUGUUGUCCACCAUCAAUCCCGACACGCUGGAAGACAAAGAAACUCCGAUGUAUGAAAAGUACGAUCCACUGCUGCAUGGGGCGUCGCGCAAGCGCACCGACCAGAUCCUCUCGAUGGAGUUUAUGCGCAAGUACAUACACAUUGCUAAAUGUCUGAAGCCGAAAUUGACUGAAACAGCAUGUGAGAUGAUUUCGAAUGAGUACUCCCGUUUACGGUCGCAAGAUUUGAUGGAUUCGGACGUUGCCCGCACGCAACCGGUGACAGCGCGUACGCUGGAAACGUUGAUUCGUCUAUCGACGGCCCACGCCAAAGCGCGCAUGUCCCGCUCGGUUGCCGAGCAGGAUGCUCAAGCAGCGAUCGAACUGAUACAGUUCGCUUACUUCAAGAAGGUGUUGGAGAAGGAGAAGAAAAAGCGCCGUCGCACAGAGAACGAUGAUUCGCAGGAUGAGAUGGAGGACGACGAAGAAGAAGCAGCAGUACAGGAAGAGACUGCAGCAUCACAAGGCACGCGCCGUUCCAAGCGAACCCGUGUCGAACACCACGAUGAUUCCGAUCACGAGGAGCUGCUAACGUCCCCUCCGGAUCGGGGCGAUCUCACUCGCCGAACUACCAUUACCAGCCCGAGAGUGGCCGAGAGCGCCACCAUGGACACGGAGGAGGCAGCCGAAAGUAGUGUUGUUGCGAUCAGCGAAGCGCGCCUCAAACUGUUCCGCCAGGGCGUGUUUAUGGCAUUUAAACAUUUCCAUGAUCAAUCGGUCUCGCUUGCCCGAUUGACGACACACAUCAACGAAAACAGCGGCGAUGAAGCGUUUACUCCCGGUGAAAUAACGGCAGCCGUGAAUCAGAUGACCGAAAGCAACAACAUCAUGGUUCAUGAUGAUAUGGUGUUUUUAAUUUAA